CCUCCAAAAAUCCGGCACCGCCGCGGCCGAUGACCGGCGGCUCCACCCGACCCCGGCGCGUCGGAUCCUGAAGUGAAGCCGCCUCCGCGGGGCUCCGCCAGCGGGCCGCGGGGCGGGACAGUUCAGGAAGCAAAAAAAAAAAAAAGCCUUAUUUAUUAUCAUUUUCCCCACUGUUGGCAUGGCAACACAGGCGUACGUUACGGAAUUACAGGCAGCUCAGCAACAGUCACAACAGCAACAGGCGCAGCAACAGCCGACGGCGACGGCAACAACGGCGGCACCAGCACCAGCCCAGCAACAAUAUGUAGCGGAAUUGCAAAGCACGCAGCAACAACCAGCCACUCAGAAACAGUAUGUCUCGGAAAUCCAGGCCCCACAGCCGCAGGCUCAGGCCACGGGCCAACCAACUCCAACACCAGCCCCACAGCAGUAUAUCAUAGUCACGGUGUCCGAAGGUGCCAUGAGGCCCAGUGACUCCGUCUCUGAGUCCAGCCCGGGCUCGACGGCCACACAGUCUGGGGUGCCAACACAGGUGGUGCAGCAAGUCCAGGCCACGCAGCAGAGGCUGUUGGUUCAAGCCAGCGUGCAGGCUAAGCCACCUUCGGUAUCCCCCCUCCAGCUAACAGGUGUGCAAAUGCCGCAGCAGCGGCUGGUGGUGCAGAGUACUUCCCAGGCUAGCAAAGGGAGCCAAGUCUCGGUGACUGUGCACAGUGUUCAGCAGCAGGUCCAUUCUCCACCUGAGCACUCCCCUGUCCAGAGCAACAGCUCCACCGCCAAAUCAGGACAAGUGCAGCAGCUUCAGGUGCAUGGAGUCCAGCAAGUGCCCGUCUCGCAAGAGCGCUCGGUCGUGCAAACCACCCCCCAGACCCCGAAAUCGGGCACAGUACAACAGCUGACGGUGCAAGGACUCCAGCAGGUUCACGUCACUCAAGAGCAAAAGGUGGUGAUUGAGCAGCUGCCGUUCCUCUCCUCUCAUCACGCCAGUCCCGACCAGAGAGUCAAGAUUCAGAGAGUCCCUCAGGUGCUAGUGUUUGGGACAGCAGCUACAGCUCUUAAACUGCAGCAGGUGCCUGUCCAGCACGUCUAUCCCAACCAGGUGCAGUACGUGGAAGGGGGCGACGCCAGUUACACAGCGAGCACCAUACGUUCCAGCACUUACCCGUACACAGAGACCCCUCUCUAUACGCAGAACACAGGAGCUAAUUAUUAUGAAUCGCAAGCUACCCCGGCGCAGGUCACCACUCCUGCAACCUCCCAGACUGUGGCCAGCACUGGAUCUGUCCCUAUGUACGUCUCUGGAGGGCAGAUCAUAGCCAAUCCAAGCGGAGGAGGCGGCGGAGGCAGCGGAGGAGGUGGUGGUGGUGGAACGGGAACCUAUGUGAUUCAGGGAGGAUACAUGUUAGGAAGCUCCAGUCAGUCUUACUCCCAUACCACACGUGCCUCUCCAGCAACCGUCCAGUGGCUGCUGGAUAACUACGAGACGGCCGAGGGCGUGAGCCUGCCGCGCAGCACCCUCUACUGCCAUUACCUGCUGCACUGCCAGGAGCAGAAACUGGAGCCAGUAAACGCAGCGUCUUUUGGCAAGCUGAUCCGAUCCGUGUUCAUGGGACUCCGCACCCGCAGGCUUGGCACACGAGGCAACUCCAAGUACCACUACUACGGCCUUCGCAUCAAAGCCAACUCACCACUGCUGCGCCUGAUGGAGGAUCAGCAGCACCUGGCCAUGAGGCAGCAGCCGUUCUCCCAGAAGCAAAGACUCAAGCCCAUUCAGAAGAUGGAGGGGAUGACCAACGGGGCGGCGGUGGGCCAGCAGCCGGGCUCCGGGCUGUCUGACAUCAGUGCUCAAGUGCAGCAAUAUCAGCAGUUCCUGGAUGCGUCACGGACCCUCUCCGAGUUCUCCGAAAUAGACCUACAAGGGAAACCUCUGCCCGAUGGCAUUGGGGCAGAGGAUGUGAAGGCCUUCCAGCUGCUCUACCGAGAGCAUUGUGAGGCCAUCGUGGACGUGAUGAUAAACCUGCAGUUCACUCUGGUGGAGACCUUGUGGAAGACUUUCUGGAGGUACAACUUGAAUCAGCCCAGCGAAGCCACCCCCAUAGCAGUUCACGAUGAAGCAGAGAAGCGUCUCCCAAAGAACUGCCUGGUGAUACUGUCUAAAUACGAACCUGUCCUGAAAUGGACAAAGGACUGUGACAACAUGCUGUACCAGGGGCUGGUGGAGAUCCUCAUCCCCGAUGUUCUCCGGCCCAUUCCCAGUGCCUUGACGCAAGCGAUCCGAAAUUUCGCAAAGAGUUUGGAAAGCUGGUUAACCAACGCAAUGAUGAAUAUUCCUGAAGAGAUGGUCCGAGUGAAGGUGGCAGCAGCAAGUGCCUUUGCCCAGACUCUGCGGCGAUACACCUCCCUGAACCACCUCGCCCAGGCCGCCCGGGCCGUAUUACAGAAUACGGCCCAGAUCAACCAGAUGCUGAGCGACCUCAACCGGGUAGACUUUGCAAACGUCCAGGAGCAGGCCUCAUGGGUAUGCCGCUGUGAGGAUCGCGUGGUGCAGCGCCUGGAGCAGGAUUUCAAGCUGACCCUGCAGCAGCAGAACUCCCUGGAGCAGUGGGCGGUGUGGCUGGACGGGGUGGUCACCCAGGUCCUCAAGCCCCACCAGGGCAGCUCCAGCUUCCCCAAGGCCGCCAAGCUUUUCCUCCUCAAGUGGUCCUUCUACAGCUCCAUGGUAAUCCGGGAUCUGACCCUGAGGAGCGCCGCCAGCUUCGGCUCCUUCCAUCUCAUCCGGCUCCUCUACGACGAGUACAUGUACUACCUGAUAGAGCACCGAGUGGCCCAGGCCAAGGGAGAGACCCCCAUCGCUGUCAUGGGAGAGUUUGCUAACCUGACGAGCUCCUUGAAUUCUCUGGACGCAGACAAAGAUGAGGAGGAGGAGGAAGAGGAGGAGAGCGACGACGAGAUGCAGCAGGAGAUUUCCCUCAACUCCAAUGACUCCACCAGCCUGACAGCUGAGCCCCUGGAACCCCCCUCCAAGCUCUCACGGACGGACUCCAGGGGGAUCUUUGUGCAAGCCCUGCCUUCCAGCUAGAGGCCAGAGAGACGCCUGCGUGGGCCUGGAGUCAGAACCACCCAGCCAGAGCCGAGUCCUGUGUCCAGUUCCUCCCGGCUGCUGCCUAGUGAUAAAGAUGAGCUAUUCCUUGUCUCCGAGUGGUAUGCAAAGCGCUUUCAUUUCCGCCCCCGGCCCUGCUGCCCCCGCUGAGCCCGGGCUCACCCCACUCCCCAGCGUGGGUGCUUUGUGGGCUGCGGAAGGCUUGUGCAGUGAGAGUGCCCCGUUAUGGGGGAGGCGAAGCAAGAUGCCAUUUAACACCACUACACCCCUCGCCCCUGCUCCGACCCCCUGGGCUGGGUGGCUCCUGCAGGGCUGCUGUCCUAGCAUGUGGGGGAGCAGCUCCCUCCCCAGCUGGGCACAGGGCUGCUAGCCUCCAGCUUCGCUGCUUUUUACUUUCCCAAGAUGCAGCUUCUGCCCUUUCCGAGAUCUGGCAGAGAGCAUCACGGGACUUCUGAACAGGAGGCAAGUACCUGUCUCCAGCCCUCAAACCUGCCAGCCCCUCCUAGCUGUCAGAGCCGCGGUCCAGCGGGACGAUUCACUUGGACUCUCACCCAGGCAGUGAUUGAACCAGCCCCCUGUCUGCACGGGCCCAGGCUGUCCCCAUGGGAAGGCACCAAGCCAAGCACAGAAGCCUCCCGCCGGCAAACUCCUUGCACAGCCAGUCUGGCUCCCAGCUUCCCCCCCGCCAGGGCAGGUACGGCAAGCCAGUGCCAGUGGGCAGGGCUGCAGCUCCACGAGAGCACGGGUAGUGUCCUUUAGAGGCUUUUCCUGGGCCCAGCAGGGAGGAGAGCUGCACAAUCAAAGGGCCGCAUCCCCUCAUUUUUAGUGGCUAAGGGACUCGUGCAGGGGAGCCCCCAGCGGGACUUGUGGGGGCUGGCCAUGCUAGCCCCUGGCGCACAUCACAGGUCAUUUAUGACUCCCAUUGGCAAGGGCACAGUGGCCAGCUCUGUGUCAUCAGCAUGCUCAGUGCCCCGGGGAAGGCUCCAGGGCCCAGCCCCUUCACUACCUGCACGGCUCAGCGCUGCCCUCUCCCACCCGCCGGCCUGCCUGCACGGGGCUGAAAUCAGGAGUUCCGGGUCAGCUCCUGCUCUGUGCAGCCUCAAGGGGCGCUCGCCGUACAGGGGAUGUGCAGCAGAACCCACGUGCCUUAGGGAAUAUGCAUUUGUUGUGCCAGACGCUUCAGCUGCCAGAGCAGCCCCGGCCAGGAGGCUCCUUAGAGAAUAGGCAGAGGCGGGGGAGACGGAUGGGGGCUGAGCGGAUAUUUCUCCUCUCAGCCGCAGUGGGGGAUUACGGCACAGAGCCCAUGGAACUGGCAAAGCCACGGCCAGAAAACCAGCAGCGUCUCUUAGUGGGCGAGAGCAGGAGCCGUGGCAAAGCUGCCCUGGCAGUGAUCUGAGUCUGUCACAGCCCCUUGGGGAGUUACGUUCCCCCCCCACCCCGCACAAUCCCUCACGGCUUCGUUCUUCCCCUCCUUCCCCCUCCCGCACAUCACGCUGCCGUUUGGUCCUGCUGGUUCCAGGAAGGGGGGUGAGGAAUCUCCCUCCCCCCGGCCUAUUUCAUUCCUGGUCUUGGAUCCUUUCUCUCUUGUGUAUUUUAUCCCCUUUUGGGGCUGGGAGCUCAGCCCUCAACAUUUCCACCCUCGCACAGAAGCUGUUCUCCCAGCGGCUCUGCUUAAACCCUCCCUGGUCGACCCAGUGAGCUUUGGCUGCUCGUGCUAACAGCUGUCGAAGAUCCAGGCUGUCUGGGGCUCCUGCUCUUGGUGUCGUCCCAGCCAGCAGGCAGGUCCUGGAGGAACAGGAGACUCCAGAGAGCAGAGCUGUUUCACAGGCAGGUCUUCACUCCCAGAGCCUCUGGCUACGUGCGUUCGUUCCGGGACAGCAGCUUUGGCUGCAGUGCAGCCCCAGUGCUCGUGCCCUGUCUGCCCUCUGCCCACGGUCCUGGCUCUUUAGAUCAUCCCACAAAGGGGCUGGGUCUCUGCUUCACGCUCCAGCGGCUAUGAGACACAGAGACCUUCUCCCCUGGCCCUCCCCACAGGGAUCCCCAGGCUCCUGGCCUGCAUGUGCCAGGCAGGGCAGAGCGAUGGCCAGCCCUAGGGAGGGGGCUACUCGGCCAUAUGGCACGCAGCUCCCGGCUCUGCCGCGUGUGCAGGCUGUGUUAUGGGCCCCUGCUGCUGGUGCUGUUGGCGCUGCCUGGCUGGCAGCUGGCACAUUGCAGCUGCCAACUCCCAAUGCUUGGCCAGUGCUCCCAGUGAGACAUACUGGGGGCUUCUUAGCAUCUCCUCCCCAGCACCCCCUUGCGCACAUCCCAGAAGGACGCUCUGCUCUUCGGUCAGGCAGCCGGCCGGCCUUUCCUCUUCCCCUUUCUGCUGGGGGACAGACCUAGGCUAGCAGCUGAGGGGCAGCCCGCUGUGCUGACAGCAAGCCCCAGGGGCAGCUGGGGCGCUGAUCUCCGCUCAGGCGAUAGGACCAGGGGCUCAGGCAAGAGCAGUGCAGUAAAGAAGGGAGGGUUCUGAGCAGCAUUGCAGGACCGAGGGGGCAGGUUAGAAUGUCUAAACCCCCACACUGGGGGCUUCCUGGCAAUCAUAUUCAGCCCCAGAUCUUGACUUACCCCCUGACAUCUCCCCCCAAGAUGGUAAGAUGACCUCUGACCUCAGGCGGCUGGAGGGUCAGAAUAAGAGCCCUGGAGUCAUGCUGUGGGGUUAGAGCUCAGCUGCUCUCUGCCAGGGAGGCUCUGGCUAUGGAUUCCCGCAGCCCCAGCCCCAGCGGGCAGGGCUCAGCCCGGCAGCACAGAGCCAGCAGCUCAAGCAGCAGGCACAGCACAGAGUUCCUGCUGCUCCCCUUAUUCAUUCCCACUGUGGCUCUGCUAAUCUCCCUCGGGGACAGGGCAUUGCUCCCCUGAGGUCCAGGAGAGCUGUGGCAGGCUGGGGACCCGCCUGCAAGCCCCUGGCCCUCACUGCCAAAGCCGACAGGGCAAAGGGUGAGUGAAUCCGGACAGGGCAUCAGGUCUCAGCCGGUUAGUCUGGCGUGAGGCAUGAGCUGGGUGCAGCGCCCCAGCAAUCAGCAGCGUUUCCCCUCGGCCGUUCUCCAGCGGGCAGGGGGCUUUAGCUGCUGGGGAGGAUAGAACUGUCCCUCGCUUUCCACCUGCCAGUCAGCGGGAGGGGCCGUGUUCUGGGGAACACUGUCCUACACCCCCACUCCAGGCCCCUCACCCUGCUGCCUCCUGGCUCCCAGGAGUCCAACCCUCCACACCCUUUCCUGAGAUUGCACAGACCUGCACGGCUCGGAGCACGACAGGCCUGGCUAGCUGGGUGCAGCUGGCUUUGUAUUUCACCAACUCCCAUUGCAGCCAGUUCUCUGCCCUCGUCCCCGCCCCAGGCCCAGGCUCUGGGCUCCCCUGCAGGGCAGGUGGCGCCUUUCAGCCCUGUAACAGGAGCCCACUCCUCGUUCAAGUGCAAUUCCAGCUGGGUGCUGCACAGGCUGUUCCAUAGGAGUCUCCACCCCCCAAGGACCCGCCCCGGGGGCCCAAGACCCAGCACCUUCCCUGCCUGCUGGAGCUGCUGAGUGUGCUCGAUGUCUCCGAGGCAAGGCCCUGCCCAGGUGCCAGGCCCCCCCACCCAGGUUGAACCCCCCGCAGGGAACUGCCCCAGGCUGUAGCUCGCAGGGGAUAUGGCAAGGCCCAUUCACGCCCCCUCGUGGAGAGAAUCAGGAGAACUGCAGUCAUUGCCCAGUCCCCCAGCCCAGCCAUGGACCCUAAGCUGUCCUUGCAAAGGGUCCUUGCUUUGCAAACACUUUGUUGCUGUUUGUGUCUUCGACAGCUUCCCCCUCAGCUAGCAAAGUGCCCCCGUGUUUCCCACUGCAAACCCCGCAGAGGUGACUCCACCCUCCCACUGUGAAAACGGCUAAGGUCACCACAGAGCUCUCAUGCCCACCUGGGACACUGACUGCCACAUGCCAGAGCUCAGAGCCCCUGAGAGCUUGGGGCCAGCGAAAAUGUAUUUCAUACCCCAGCUCUGGCACCCCUGGUCCAGCAGAGGGCAGCAGCCCCCCAAAACAUCAAGAAAUAGGUAGUUUCACUGUUAGCUUCCAGCUGAGGCGUUAGGACAGUUCGAGGGUAGCUGCGCCCACCCCCUACAAACCUCUGCAGUUGAGCUCCCACCCUGGCUUUGGUUUAGAAAUGUUAAAAUCCCGUUGCCAUUCAGACUUGUGGCAUGACCCCCCCCUCCCCCCAAAAAGCUACCUGUGCUCUCCCCCACCCCCCAAGCAGGAUGGCCAGAGACACAAUCUUACCUUUCUUUUGAGUUGCUGCCUUAUAAAAUACCCUCUGCCCAACCCAUGGGAGAUGCCCUCCGCUCGGGUAGCUUCUGCUCUGGCUGGGAGACAACUGAGCACAAGGACAGUCAGUGGGUGGGUCUGGGAGCUUGCUUAUCCCCCGGCUUUGCUCUGAGAGACAGAGCAAAAUGCUCCUUGGUGUCCCGCCUCUCCGCUAGUAACCAAGAGCCCAGCAGUCAGGUUCGGCUACUCUCCGCGCGCCAGAAACCAAGCUCGACUCGACCGGUUUGUAACUGAACAUUAGAUAUUCUAGUUUUAAAGAGGAAAAGAAAUCUGUGCUUUUGUAUGUAAUGACUAAUCCUUACUCUAUAAACCACUUCAACAUUGUGAGAUUGGUGAAGCUAUAAAUUACUUGAUAUUUUUGGGUUUUUUCAACCAUCAUGGCCUUAUUUGUUCACUUUUUCCAGUGGUUUAAACCUGUGAGAUAGAUGUUUAUUGAAAAAUCUACAUAUUGUAUAAAAUAUAUAUUUUGUGUCAAUCUUCUGUGCAGCAGCAGCAGCGGCUGUGGGCUGCGCUGCAGCCUUCACGUGGAGUGUGAAGAGCUUUUGUAGGUGUCCGGCCCAGGAGAUGGGCAGUGCCUGUGAUGGGAUGAUGUAGACGUGUGUAGUCUAGAGUGCAAACGCUGUUUUCUACCUUUUGUAGUUCUUUCUUAAGAGAAAUAAAUUCAGCCGUGUUCUUUGC